AUGAAAAGGAAGGUAUCCACAUGGGUCAAUAACUCGCCCCAAAUAGAAAGCGAGCAGCUCACCUCCACUGCUGGAUUCAUACUGGCCAGCUCCUUCUGUAAGAAGACAGAUCACACCUCGCUAGUGAAGCAUGAGGUGAAGUCCUGCACCAAUAAUGAUGUCCAUGUUGAAAGGAAGUACUACACCUGCACUUACUGUCGAAAAACAUUUACUCAGCGGCAGUCGUUGAGGGAGCAUAAGCUAAUCCACACAGGGGAGAAGCCCUUCCAGUGCACCCAGUGUGACAAGUGUUUCAGACAACGAUCCUCUUUGUAUGUUCAUAAGAAAGUUCACAGAGGAGACAAGGCCUUUGAAUGUUUUGUCUGUUUUAAGAGGUUUUACAGAGCAGUUGACCUGAGGUCACAUUUGGGACUCCAUACUGGUGUGAGAGAGCACGUCUGCGCUGUCUGCUCUAAAGGCUUCGGGCGUCCCAGUGAUCUGAAACGACACAUGCGGAUACAUAAACCAGCAUUACCCGAAAUCGAAAAGAUUCCACCCAAGUGCCCUGACUGCGGCAAGACCUUCACCCGUCAGGCUCAGCUGGAAAUUCACCGGCGCGUUCAUACUGGAGAGAGGCCGUACAAGUGUAUUCAGUGUGGUGAAAGUUUCCGUUGGAGACAGAACUUAAAAAUUCAUCAGAAGAGCAGAUGUGAGAAGCUUUUUGACUGCUCAGAUUGUGACAAACGCUUCUCAACCUUUUCAGCUCUAGAAAAGCAUCAGCAUGUGAAUCAUUCAGUUCGACAUCAGUGCAGUGAGUGUGGGAAGAGCUUUAACCAAGCAAAGGAUCUGAUGGUGCAUCAGCGAGUUCACACUGGAGAAAAGCCCUACAAAUGCUCUCAGUGUGACAAAACCUUUCGUCAGCUCGGACACCUGAACGAGCACCAGCGGGUUCACUCUGGAGAAAAACCUUUCAAGUGCCCAGUGUGUGAGAAAUGCUUCCCUUACUCACAGAGCAUGAGGAAACAUCUGCGUGCUAUCCAUGGAGCAAAGUCUAGUAAAACUGUGGAAAACAAUGCACAAGAAGAACCUAAUACGAAGCCUUCCCCCUUUCAUGCUGUUCUUCAAUGGUCAGGACUCUCCCAGGACGACUACAGAGCAGCCCAGCACAUUAAAAGUGAAAAGAAUGUGGGAAAAAAUUCGAUAGCUUCUACCAGCUGAAGACUUGAGCUUCUCUCAAACUAAAGAUUCGGUUAAUGAAUCUGAUGAAGUUCCAUGAUGGUGUACAGUGGAUGGUGUACAGUAGAUGAUACAGCUUGACGUUGAAGAUUCUUAGUCCAUGUAGUCUCAGUACCAUAUAGUGGUAUUGCAAGACUUCUGCCGAAGAAAAAUACUGAGUAAAAUGAGUUACAUUAUUAAUCUUAAUGGAUCUUUUUAGUUGGGUUAAGUACAUGUUAACGCUUCUCAAAACGUUAUAGGACAUUUUAACAUUUACAGAAUUUGGCAGAAGAUUUUAUUCUAAGCAGUUUACGACUUAAUACUUAAAAGUCCAACAUUGGCAGCUUGGCAAUGGUGUGGCUUAAACCAACAACCCUCUGAUCAAUAGUCCGGUACCAUAACCGGUGAGGCAUCAUGUUAUGAGUAGAUUUAGUAGAGGUUACCAGUGUCUGCCUAUCUGUGUUUUUGUACUCAUUGCAAAGCUGUUGCUUCUUCAACUUAUUUAACUCCUUUAAUAGGUGGCAAUAUUACUGAAUAUUUAUAAUGAAGUAAACAAAAACAUGUUGGACUGAGUGAUUGUGUUCCCAAACAUCAUGUUGUAUGGUGUGAUUUUUCCCAAGGCUCAAUUCUGGGCCCUUUUAUAAUUAAACACGUAGGUGUUUUUGUUAGUUGGUGUAGUUAAUAGAUAUGACAUGUUGUUCAGUAAGUAUAUAGACUACACACUUUUUAUUCAUGUUUUAUCCUGGGUGCUUACAGGUCUAUCGGCUUAUGUACAUGUGGCUAAAGUAGGUCAACCACACUCCUAAUGAUAGAGUUCUGGUGUUUCAGCCACACCUGUUCCCAAAUGAUGUGUAAAAACUGAACGGUUUAGGGAGGGUCCUUUGUUGUUUCAGUGCACAAAGCAAGACUCACAAGAACACAUUGUUUGACUAGUUUGGUGUAAAGGAACUCCAGUGGACUGCACAGGUUUACACUUUUGGGAUGAAUUGGAAUGUCUGUUCAGAACCAGCUCUUCUUGUCCAACAUCGGUGAAUGUCCUCUCAAAUGAGCUUUUGACUGAAUGGGCACAGAUUCCCACAAACACUCCAGACAAGCAGAGACUGUUAUAGAUGGAACACUCCAUAAUAAUGCUCAUUGUUUACAUGGUCACGUGUCUGCAUAGUGUCAGCUAUAUAAUGUAUGUUUUUGUUAGUUGAUUUAGCUAAUAAAUAUGACAUGAUUCAUAAGUA